AGCGUGUGGUUUUACACACCGCUGAGGCGCAGGACUUUAAAUCUGACGACAGUAAAUCACGUCCAGAGCUGGAGCUUUACAAUUUAUAACGACGACGUGUGUUGUAAUUCACACAGAUUUUUGUCUUUAGGAAUUUUCACACCCGUUUUAUUUUGGAUUUGGGCACUAUCGACGAUGUCUGCCGUCCUGCUUUCCACCAUCGCCGGGGAAAGACUGACCCGAAGGAAAACCGGUCCUCAGAGAAGCUCGGAGAUUCUCCCGCUAACGUUACUGAAGCGCACGGAAACGUGCCGAAAUCUGUUCGGACCUGUGGAUCACGACGAGCUAAAGCGACAAUUGUCUUCCAAACUUCGCGAAAUAUCUGAACGAGAUCAGCUGAGGUGGAACUUCGACUUCGGCGAAGGGCAGCCGCUGGAAGGGGAUUUAAAAUGGGAGGAAAGUCGAGCGGAGGACUGUCCGGAGUUUUACAGAGAAAGCACUGUCCUGUCAAAGAGACAUCUGAUGGACUUUCCCACGACAGAAAAUAUCACACAAGUUCCCCCAAAAUCUGGGGGUCCUUCAGUGAUAGUUAUGAAACAAAAGAACCAGCCAAACGAGUGUGACCGGGGAAAAUUAUCUCGUAAAACAGUCCAGACGAAGAGACUCGCAGACAUGCGCAUUACAGAUUUUUAUGAAAAGAGAAAGAAAAUGGACCGCGUCUUUAAGGAAAGCAGAAACAUGGAAUAAAUCACGUCUUAGAAGAAAAAAGUCCGUGUCUGUGAGUCACAGCGCGGUGGCGGGAAAACGCCGGAAGUAAUGACGUCUCAGAGUCUGACUCACGUUCUUAUGUGAUAAUGUGAUUCUGGAAUAGUAACGUUAUUUAUUCUCUGCUGUAUGUGUGAUUUAACCGUAUAGGAGCAGCUCUGGUUGCUCUUUGCAGUGUACAACUGAUGAGUAACUUUAAAUUAAAGUCAGGACAAGUAAGCCUAUUUAUUGUUGCCUUAUAUAUAUCAGCAUGUGUAUAUUUUGUAAUGAAAAAAGUUAUUUAUUCAUUGUUUUUUUUUUCACUUUUACAUGUCUUUGUGGACGAAAAUGUAGCUUUUUUUUCUUGAGCAAAAUCACAAUCCUGAUCCAUAUUUGUCAUUGUUGUACAGAAGUUACUUUAAUAA